AUGCCUUCUCGAAGACCGCACACCAAAACGCGCCAUGGGUGCAAUACGUGUAAGAUGCGAAAAGUUCGAUGUGACGAACAGAAACCCAUUUGCAAUAACUGCACCCGUGGCAAUCGAGCGUGUAGCUAUCCCAACCAGCAGCUCCUCUCGAUACCCUGCAAUCUCGCCAACUCGCCCCAGGACGCCAGAGAUCAGAUAUUCCCAGUUCGAGAUAUGGAGCUGCUGCAUCACUACACGGCGUUUACGUACAAGCUCAUGACUCAGGAUCCGGAGCAUCUCUGGCUGUGGCAAGUCUACAUCCCACAGAUGGCUUUCUCAUAUCGCUUCCUCCUCCACGGCUUGCUCGCAAUCACUGCUCUGGACCGACGACAACAGGCCGAGGAGUCUCAGAAGGAAACAUUUAUGCAGUUAGCACGCUACCACCAACAGCAUGCCUUAACCCACUACAUCCCACUUCUACAAAACAUCAACGAAGAGAAUUGCCACGCCUUGUUCGCAUUCUCCCUCAUUCUGGGCGCCUCGUGUCUGGGCCUCCUCCAUGGUGAUUUGGUGGAGAACCCCCCCAAUGUCAUUAGUCGCUUUCUCGACAUCUUCGAUGCUCUGCUGGGCGCCACAGCUGUCGCCGUCGAGGCGCAGCAAUGGUUGCAUGAGGGUGAGCUAUCCAUCAUCAUGAGCGGCAUCGUCCCAGAAAUUCGCGACUUCUGGCACCUUAAUGAUGGAGCCAGGAAGGCGCUCGAGGGAUUGAUCAGCUGCGUGGGCAAUGCCUGCGAAGGCUCAGGCCCCAACCAGUCCAAACGAGACGCUUAUCUGGACAGCAUAUAUGCUCUCGGCACCAUCAUGGCUCCCGCGCCCAAGAAUCGACAGCUGAGCAUCGUCAUCAGCUGGCCCGUCAUGGCCAAAGCUGAGUACAUUGCUUUGUUGAAGCGGCGAGAUCCACUGGCUCUCGCUAUCCUCGGCCAUUGGGGCGUUGCUCUGCACCUUUACGGUCGCCUGUGGAUGCUGGAGGGCCUUGGGAAGCGAUUGACGCUCGCGGUCUAUUAUGAGGCAGACCCGAAGUGGCGACCAUGUCUGGAGUGGGCCAAGGAGCGGAUUGAGGAGCCUAUCACGCAGCAAGUCACGCCCGUGGAUCACAUCGUUUCGCCGCCGUGA